CUUCAACCUCCAUCGCUUCAUCCAUUCAAAGGAACCAAGAUCAAAUCACAGUCGUAUUUGCUCACGUAGGUCAUAUACGACUUAGUGCACGAAUUAAAGUGGUAAUUAUUUCAUCGCUACUCCUCUCGAAUCCUGCGAAUCCACCGACACUACCAAAGACGGCCCCUCUGGCCACCAACAUCCGCCCACAAUGCCUCUCGAAGCCGUGAUGAUCGUUGUGGACAACAGCGAAAGCAGUCGCAACGGAGACUACACACCAACCCGAUUCGACGCCCAAGCCGAUGCAGUCAAUGUUCUCUUUCAGCACGUCACUAAUGGCAACCCGGAGUCAUCAGUCGGUCUGAUGAGCAUGGGUGGCAAGGAUCCCGAGGUGCUGGUUACAUUGACGUCGGACCAGGGCAAGAUCCUGGAGGGCCUUCACCGGACCAAGAAGAAGGUGUCUGGAUCAUCUCAUCUCGCAACAGCAAUUCAGGUCGCAAGCCUCGCCCUCAAGCACCGACAAAACACCACGCAGCGCACCCGCAUAGUGGCAUUUGUCUGCUCGCCCGUAUCGGAUGAGCAAAAGGCGCUGGUGCAGCUGGCGGGCAAGCUCAAGAAGAACAACGUGACGGUUGACUUUGUGCUCUUUGGCGACCUGGACGACGACACGUCCAAGAAGCUCGAGGCCUUCAACGCAAAGGUCAAGAACAACGAGGGCAACAGCCACCUGGUCGUCAUCCCGCCCUCGGGCAACCUGCUCUCGGACCAGUUGAUCGCGACGCCCAUCUUUGGCGAGGGCGCCGGUUCGUCAGCGGCUGCCGGCGGUGGCGGUGGCGGCGGCGACUUUGGCGAUCUCGAGUUUGAUCCGGCGACCGACCCAGAGCUGGCGCUCGCUUUGCGCAUGAGUUUGGAGGAGGAGAAUGCGAGAAAGGAGAAGGAGGCCAAGAAGGAGGCCGAGCAGGCGAAGAAGCAGGGUCUCGAGAGCGUCGAGGAGCAGGACGAGUCGGCGCCGUUGCUGGAUAAGAGCGGGGGACCGAGCGGGAGCAAAGACAAGAAGAACGAUGGCGGGGACAGGAUGGAUACUUCAUAGUAGACAAGGCGUUUCCGAUGGAGUCGAAAUGGGACAAGGAACAAUGCAACCAGACGCGGCGUUUUUAUUGUUAUAGACUUUAGAUGCUGGUUUUGGCUGCAAGAAUCAACUAUGGAUCUUCUCCAUUCCCGGGACAUCCCCAUAAAUAAAUACACUUUCAUGAUGAUCAGCAGGCAAAUAGGCCUUUGCUAAUGACAAGCUACAAAGUCCACCUUUGAUGCCCCGCGGACGUCAAUCAUUUAAUCCCAAGAGACCCAAACCUGGUCCUCCUCCCUGAAGCGCAUCAAGCCGACUCCGUCCCGGCCGGACAGUCGCUACCUGUUGUUGAUCUCGCGGACGUACGAGUUGAGCUUGCGGUCAAACAUGUCGCAGCGGACGGGCAUCUCGAGCUGGUAAAAGGGGUUCUUCAUGACGUAGUCGGUGUACAGGUCGUAGAUGCGACGGAUUGUGAUGUCGACGUUGGCCUGAGUCGUGUCGGUGAAGAGAAGGAACUUUAUGCCCGUCAGGGUGUUGAAGCACUGCGCCCUAAAGUUCUCCGUCUCCAGGACCUCGAGCCCCGAUGGCGGGUCCGGCCGGUUCCCCGGCGCGGCUGGUGGUGCUUUGAUCGGGUUCAGGCGGGCUGUGAUGGCGUGGAUACUGUGUUGUGUGGAUUUGUACAUGGCAGGAUGUGAGUCUUGAGUGUAAGCUUGU